GGCAAGGUUACACAUUAUGAGCUAUGUUUUUCAAAAUUGUUGAAUCCAAAAUGUAGCCAUCACAACUACUCGAUAGCGCAACAAGCAAGCUGCUCAGCUUCAGGUGUUGCGAACAUCUCUCUCGCGUGCAUCGUUUCAUUUCGCCCCGCGUAGGUAUAACAGGGCUGCCCAUACCGUGGCGAAAAAGGCCCUCUCAUCGAUGGAUAAGCAACUUGUUGACCAUCGUUUUGCUCUUUUUUCUUUGUCCUGACCUUUCGGUCUUGUAUAUUCUCGUACCUUGCUAUUCCUCUCGGAAUGUCUCUGGAAAAAAAAAACUGCUCAGCUUAAUCACAUAGUAGGAAAAUUUCGAGUAUCGACUCCAAACGAGUAGGUGAUUAUAACAAUACGAACUAGGAAACAGUAAAACCAUCAUUUUAAUACGAAAUAGUAUAUCACUAACUUUUUCAAUAUAGCUUUCAAAUUUUUGUGAUUUACGAAGGCAAGUUGUAUUAUAGCUUAUCACUUAUCAGAUCAUUACAAGUACAACAAGUAGGGAGGAUUGGAGAUGUGUUGGGCCUCCUCUCCUCUUUGGCUUGUCUCGUUGCCAUGAGCUGUUCUCCAUCAUUUCCCUUCUCUAUCCCUCUCUUCUCAUUUAAAGCACAUACCAAGAAGACAUUUUCAUUACAAACAAACAGCCUAACUCUCUGCUAAAUCCAAACUCGUGCAAUUAUAGUCGAAUCAAUUUCGCUUUAGCGCCUGUAAUUUCUUGUGCUUGCCAGUUUCGGGUCUUCGUUUAACAAUGAGAGUGACGGAGAAAAAGGUUUGAUGGAUAGAGUGCUUGUCGGUUUCAUGAGUAUGUUCGUGUUUUGAACAAGUUUAAGUUAUUGUAUUGUGAUAAGAGUUGGAUCCCGACAGUGAUGUCAGUUGUCCGAAUGUAGAUUUCCAGCCAAGCUGUGAACGACGAAUAGAAGAAAUCUCGAAUAGUAGUGUCAACAUUACGCUGAACAUAUCUUCAUCGCUAUGUAUCUCGAAAAUGUUGAAAGUUGCUACAUGUGCAUAUUAACAUAAGAAAUCAACUAUUUUCACAAAAGAAACAAGCGGCGAAACAAACAAAAAAAGACUAUGCUUAACAGUAAAUCAAACCCUGAGAGGUGUCGCGAAUUUCCAAAGCGUGGUAUGAUUUCGUGCUACCAGCACGUCAUUGGUCCAAAAAGCAUAAUUAUCUGUGCCCCGAUCACUCAUCUACAUCUAUGUGAACAUCCAUUUGCUUGGCGAAAACACAAGCAUCAUCCGAGAACUCCUGUUAAGUACUUCUGAUCGUUCGAGAUCGUUUUUCCUGUUGACCAAAUAUGCCAUCUUUUUUCUUUGUGGGUACCGUUAAUGUCAUUUUCAAGUGGCCUCGGGCGAAAUUUCCACCCCUUGGAUGAAGCAAACCGGAAAGAGGGGGAAAGAAAAAAGUGUAGGUGGGAGAAAUGGAAAGUGAAAAUAACAUUUGGACCUUUCUGGGAAUAUAAAACACUUGGGGGGCAUAAUUGCAAAGAAACGCCACCGCGUUUUCAGUUUUUAUUUUAACUCUCCCUCUUCUUUCUCUUUUGUCAGUUUCCUUCAGCUCCGUUCUCUCUCUCUCCCUCUAUCUCUCUUUCCCUCCCUCUCUCUAUAUAUCGCCGGAAUCCGGCGACAUGGUCGACGGCGAAAGAUUCCCCGGCAGUUCUCUCCUAAUUCUUUGCUCGAGAUCUGGUACGUUUUUAUACUGAGAUAUUGUCUACCGUUAUUGUCGCAGAAAUUUCCCUCUUACUUAUCUCUGCGAGACUGCCGCUUAAUCGUAGAAGUGUGUCUAUCUAUGUGCCGAGAUCCAUAAGAGGCGCCCGAUAGAGGAUCGGAAUCGCGUUAGAUUGAUUCGAAUUAGGAUCGAGCAUGAGAAAAUAUCGAUCUGAGUUGUUGUAUCCCAUCGAUUCUCUUCAUUUGCUAAUGGAAUUUGAAAAGAGUCUUUCACCAAUCUCAUAACGUUUCUACAUGAUAUGGUUCUGAUGUUGGCUGCCGUUCGUUUUUUCCGGUGGAUUGUUUCAGGUGAUAGUUCUGUCGGAAUCAGAAAUUUUCUCGGGGAAUCUCGGUAAUUGGUUGCUUGGGGGCUCGAAUUCCUGUUUCAUCUCAAUCGGCGGUGGUUUGGUUUGUUUCUCCUCGAUUUACUCUGAACAUAGAGUCCCAUAAUCAUGAGCUGUUGUUUGGGGUGAAAAACGUUACUAAAGAUGGGGUCUUUUGAUUCUGUGUGUGUUGGAAUCGAAUCAAGGAUUGGUGGGAGUAGUAUUGAUUCGUUGAAUUGGUGGGUAUAGUCGACAGAUGGAAAUUGAUUGCGUACAAAGCUUGGGGAUUUCUUUACACGGGUUUUGAAGGGGGCUUGCUCAAGAGCUGUACCAUAGUUUGAUAACACUUCUUGGUGUUUGUUUGAUUGUUUGGAAGAUUUUGCUUGAUUUUGUUUUAACAUUACCAGAAAGAAAGAAACACAGGAGAGGUUUGUUUCGGAUAAAUUAUUUUGAUCGAUGGAGGGGGGAGAAGAACAAAGGGUGAAAAGAAUAAGGAGUCGGGAAGGAGUAAAUGAUGGUCGAUUGAGAUUCGGAUCAAGUGACUCACUCUUCCCGGGGCUAAUCGACGAUGUAGCAUUGAACUGUCUGGCAUACACUUGCAGAUCAGACCAUUCCUCUUUGUCAUGCAUAAAUAAGAGGUUUCAUAAGUUGAUCAAGACGGGGUAUCUAUACGGGCUGAGGAAACACUUGGGGAUCACUGAGCACUGGGUAUACUUGGUUUGUGAUCCAAGGGGAUGGGAGGCAUUCGACCCCACGAGGCAAAAAUGGAUGGCACUUCCAAAGAUACCUUGCGACGAGUGUUUCAACCAUGCUGACAAAGAAUCAUUGGCAGUAGGCAAUGAGCUGCUGGUUUUCGGUCGUGAGUUGUUCGACUUUGCCAUUUGGAAGUACAGCUCGGUCAGCCGCGUCUGGGCCAAGUGCGAUGGAAUGAACCGACCUCGUUGUCUGUUCGGAUCGGGCAGCUUUGGCUCGCUCGCUGUUGUUGCAGGCGGCAGUGACAAGAACGGCAAGAUCUUGCAAUCCGCUGAGCUGUACGACUCCUCGACCGGCAAAUGGGAGAUGCUCCCCAACAUGCACUCGCCACGUAGGCUCUGCUCAGGUUUUUUUAUGGACGGCAAGUUCUAUGUGAUCGGAGGGAUGUCUGCCCCCACCGUGUCACUGACCUGUGGGGAGGAGUAUGACCUGGAGACCAGAAAAUGGAGGAAGAUCGAAGGGAUGUAUCCUAAUGUCAAUAGGGCAGCUCAGGCACCUCCCUUAGUCGCAGUCGUGAAUAACCAGCUGUACGCAGUUGAGUAUCUAACUAACAUGGUGAAGAGAUACGAUAAGGAGAAGAACGCUUGGAACGUCCUUGGGAGGCUUCCGGUGAGAGCAGAUUCGUCCAACGGCUGGGGUCUGGCUUUCAAGGCUUGUGGCGAGCAGCUGCUGGUUGUGGGCGGGCAGAGGGGACCCGAAGGCGAAGGUAUUGUUCUCAACUCGUGGCAUCCCGAGUCUGGGGUGACCAAUGGUACCUUGGAUUGGAAGGUAAUUGGUGUGAAGGAGAAUGUUGGGGUGUUUGUUUACAACUGUGCUGUUGUUGGGUGUUGAUAGGAUUUGUGAUUUAUAACUCACUUUUUGGGGAGGAGCUUGGGGGGAUAGAAGAAGGGUUUCUUUUCAUUGCAUAAUAGAGAGGGUUGGGGGGGAGAUUCAGGAUUGCCUGCUGCAACAAUUGUUUGAUUUUAACUAGAAUGAAUUAAUUGUCACUGAGAAGAAGAGAAAUAGGCCUUCUCAUCUCUCUUUUUUUACUCUCAUUUCAUUUUUACUCCAUUUGCCUUCUUCCUUCCUCCCCUCCUCCAUUGAUAACCAUGUCUGUACCUAAAUACAUGUGUUGUUGUCUCUCAACCGUGAUUCUGCAAAUUUCCUUUGCUGCUUUCCAACAGCAAUCAAAUAGGGGUUUUACUGGUACUUUGCUACAGAUUCAAUCCUCUCUUAUAUUGAUUGGUACUUAUGUAUCGGUUGCUUGUUUCCUGGUUGUUCCAGCUCAAGGACACACGUUCUCAUCAUCUUCUUGUGUCUUUCUGUUGGCCACCACUUUCCCAUCUCGUAUUGGAAUGAGAUUGCUGCCCUGUACUAUGCUUACUGUAUUCUCUACAGUUCUGGUGCUGAUGCUGUUUGGAUUCCAAUUAGGCUACAUGUGUAUCAGCGCGUGCUGCUGUUGUCGGAUCAUAUGUACCACGCUGUCUCAAAUCAUCGGGUGUACGCGUGUGUGUUUAACUCGUACAUCCUAUGAGACCGAGACUGCGCGAACCACAUAUGAUCCGACGGUAUCAGCUCGCGUGAACUCGAAUGAGAUUGAUGAUGAGUUGGGUUUAUAGAUGAUGAGGGAAAGGUUUGCUUGCUGAUUAAGUGGGGUUGCAUUUGCUGGGAAUGGGAUUUCGUGCAGAAGAUUGGUGUAUUGUUGUUUGGAAUGCAUCAAUCGAAAUCGUUGGGGGCAUUUUCAUGGUGUGGGGUUGGAAUCCACUUUGGCUUUUGUUGUUGUUGUUGUUGUUAGUUGUGGUUGGAUGUUGGUAAUUAUCAUGUUUCUGUUGGCUAACCUUAACCAUGAUUAGUUUCCCUUUUGCUUUUGCGGUGGGGGAAGUGCCCAUUUUGGGACAUAACUUAAGCUCAACCACUUCUCAUUGUGUCGGCAGCCCAUUCUCUCUUAGAAAUGUUAGAAAUAAAGGGGAGGGGCCUUGCCUUUUGGCAUCCAUUGUGGACCUAAUCCUAAUUUGUCUUUUGGUAAUUAUUGGUAAUCUUAAUCAUGAUGCUCGAAUUAUAUACGUGAUUAGGUUUAUAUCAUGUCGUGAGUAGAGACAGAUGAAGAUAAUUAUUAAAGCGUCGAUUCGCGACUCUGUAAUCGUAAGGUAUAAGGUUGACAUGAUAUACUUUCGCGUGCGAUUUUUCGUAGCUGAUUAGGAAACCCUUUUUUAGUGAUCACUGCCAUUAAGGGUUGCAUCCGACCUCCUCAGUCACCUAUGGAGCGGAGAUUGCAUCUGACGCAUCGAAAUGACCUAUCGGCCGUCGACAGCUUAGCAAUCAGGAUGAUGUGGCACAUACAACUUAGGGCUGCAAAUGAGCCGAGCUGUUCGCGAGCGGCUCGGUGUUUGACUCGAGAAAAGCUCGUUCGAAACUCGGCUCGUUAAUAAAUGAGCCUAACAUGAGCUAAACUUUCUUGAGCUCGUGAAGCUCGCGAGCUAGCUCGACUCGGUGGCUUGUUGAACUAAACUCGUGAGCUGGCUCGUUUAGAGCUCAUGAUAUGUCUCAACAUGUGGCUAGAGAGCUAACUCGAUUACUGACUUAUGGACGAAUCAAUAUAUAUCUUAUGUUUUUAAUUCAUAUGGUUGUUAAAUUAUAUAUUUCAUCGUAUAUAAAGUUUAAAACGUUGAGUAUGUGAGCAACUAUAUCUUAUUAUCUACUUUAAAAAAAAUUAUGUAUCAUAAAUUGCUUCGUUACUAUGAAAUAACAUGAUUUGGAGUAGUUAAAAUUUAUUGACUAAAUGAUAUAUGAUACCAACAAAGUAUAAUAUGAUAU